AUGCCUUGCACGGACCUCCGCCUCUGCAAGAGGGUGUGCCUCGAGCACGGGUACGGGGGCUUUGUCGUGAAGAGCGGGGCAGCCUUCUUCCAGAAGCGCGCGCGCAGCGCCCUGCUGGGCCACGCGCGCUGUGCUGCAGCUCCGUCGUUGGGCUGCGGCGCCGCUGGGCCCUCGGCGGUCCCGACGCUGCUGGUGGCUCCCGCGCCGUCGGCCGGCAGCAGCCGCGAGGAAGAGCACCGCGAGUGGAUCGAGGCCAUGGAGCGGACAGUGGUCGAUCUCCGCGGGCUCGCCGAGCAGUGCCGGUUCGAAAGGGACCGGGCCUCGGCGGAGGGCGACGCCGCCGCGGCGGAGCGCGCGGGCGCCCAGCUGGGCCGCCUGAACAGGCAGCAGGCGCGGGUCGCCUCUGCGCUGUGGGCGGCGCAGGGCGGCCACCCCGACACCACGGCCUUCUGCUGCGAGAGCCUCUCGCUUCUGCUUGGGGCGGCUGCUGGCGUGGCCCACGAGGACGCCGCCGCCGGCGCCGCAGCCAGGGCCUGGGGCGUUGGCCCUGGCGAUGGUGGCGGGGCCGACGGCGCCAGCGGGACCAGCGCCGCCGCAGUGGCCACGCGAGGAUCCUCGCCUCGCCAGCUGAGCGCCGGCGCACGGCCAGACCACCCGCAGGCCGACGGCGCCAGCAGCUCUGGCGCCGCAGCCCCAGCGGCGCGGGCGCCUUCGCCCUGCCGGCAGAGCGCGGACUCCCGCCUCCCCGAGGGCCUGCAGGCCCAGAGGCUGGACGCCGCCGGGCCAGCGGCCAUGGCCAUGGAGCCUGCCAGCGCUGGCGGCGGCAAGGGGCCUGGCCGCGGGCCUGGCAGGGGGCCUGGCAAGGGCGGCAGGAGCCCACCGCCUGCUCCCCGCGGCGCCAAGGGCGGCAAGCGGGGCAGGACUCCGCUCGGCCGCCGGUUUCACUGGCAGGGCUUGUCCGCGGAUCGCCUGCGGGGCACAGUGUUCGAGCGCGACGCGACGGUUGCGGCUGCCGGGGCGCCAGAGAGGGCCCUGAACCUGGCUGCCGUGGAGCGCUUGUUCUCGGACCCGCAGAUGGAGGACGUCUCCCGGCCCAGCGGUGGCGACAACGAGGUGCGCGUGCUUUCCGCCUCGCGGGCGCAGCAUGUGUACAUCGUAAUGCACCGGGUGUUGGGGCCUUCGGCCACCGUGGCAGACGUGGAGCAGCUCGCGCGGGGCCUGGAGCAGCUGUCCCUGGCGGACGGGUCAUCCGUGCCACCGCAGGACGCCGAAAGCCUGGAGCUGCUCGGCACUGCGCUGCCAACCGCCGAGGAGGCAGCGGAGCUGGAGGGCCUGGAGGGUGUCCUCGAGGCCCGCCUGCGCCGAGUCGAGAGGCUGCUGAUGCCGCUGGUGCGCGUCCCGCGCGCGGACGUCCGACUGAGGGUGCUUCAGCUUGCGAUGCAGGCCCCCUCGAUGCAGGCCUAUCUGCGGGCGCGCGCAGGCAGGCUUGCGGAGGUGGCCAGGGCGCUGCGUGGUUCUGACGCGCUGAGGCGACUGCUGCGGGCCGUUGCCAGGCUGGGCAGCUGGAUCAACUCCUCGGACCCUGGGGCGCAGGGCGGCUUUGCCCUGUCGUCCGCCCUGGGCAAGCUGAGAUACUUCCGCGCGCUGCGCGGGGACCGCUCCGUCUCGCUGCUCCACGUUGCUGUGCUCGCGGCGGCGGGCGGAGACGCAGAGGCCGCAGGGGCCCUCGGGGGACAGCUGGGGCGAGAGCUCCAGGGCCUGCGCGAGGCCUCUCGAGAGGACGUGGGCGAGCUGGGGCAGGCGGUGGCCGACUUCGCCUCCGAGGCCGAGUGGCUCAAGAACGAGUCCGAGAGGCAUGGGGGCCCAGGCGACGGAGGCUACACGACGGAGGCCCGCAGGCGGCUCGUGCGGAUGCGGGAGGAGGAGCUCGCCCCACGCGUCGCGGAGCUACAGAGCACCUGGGGCGAGGCAAAGGCGGAGCUGAGAGCGGCCCUGACCUUCUUCGCCGAGCCCCAGGAGCCAGCGCCUGGCGACGGCAUCGACGCGGGCGCCGCGGAGCGCCUGCUGAGGACAGUGGACGCCUUCCGCUGCGACCUGCAGCGGGCGGCGUCGGAGGUGUGCUCGCAGCCGGAGCGCUUCGCGGCGGUCUGCGCGGGCUCGGCCGCGCGGGCGCUGAGCUGA